AUGGCUCAACCAGAGGAGCUGGAGCAGAUCGCCACAUGGUGUAGUGAGGAGGGACUAGCACCUGAUGCCUCUAAGGAGGCUCAGCUGUGUUUGUUUUGGCGAGCCCACCAGCACACAAAAAGCCAACUAAGCAGUGUGAUAAGGGAUAUGGACACCCAGCGCUCACAACACUUAGCAGAGAUGGCAGAGGUGCGUAAGUCUUUGGAGCAGAUCCGUAUCUUUACAGAGCACAAAAAUGUUUUGGCUCAGGAGAUACAAGAUGAAAAUGAUCAGCUGAAGGACCAGCUGCACCGCCUCAUAUCCCUUCAAGAUGCCCAGAUAAGCGAGGUGGCUAAAAUGCUGUAUCAGCAGGGUCUCACAGAGUUGAUUCACAGCAGCCCCAGUGAGCAGGUGGCUUACCUCCUAGUUGAGAGGGCCUCCCUUCUUGAGAUGAGGGAAGAUCCUGUCAAUCUCUCAGGUGAUGAACACAGAGCCAGACCACUGGUGACAGACGCCCAAGGGCCAAACAUCCAUGCACGUCAGUCUCCUCACAAGGGGGCACCACACCAUGGCCAGAGCCCAUGGAAGAGACUCUUUGGACUCCACAAAGCUUCACAGAGCAAACACACUUUUAUUCCUGAUGAGGCCAGACAUUUGGCUGUCCAGGCAAACAGUUUAGAGAGGGAGUGUUCCCGUCUGGAGCGGGAUCUAGAGGAGGGCUCCCGACGGCUUGCAAUGGCCCACAACGAGAUCCGGCGUUUGACUGAUGAGCUAGAGUCUGCCCACUUGACCCAGAGAACUUAUGAGCCUGAGCUGCAGGAAGCACAGCAGGAAGUAGAGCAGCUCAGACAAGAAGUUGAAAAACUGAAAAAAUACGAAAUGGUGGAACUACGAAAGGCCAAAGAGCUGAAUGAUCGUCUGGACCUGGAGAUCAGAGCUCUGAGGAACAGGGUGCGCUCCCUGGAUACUGAGAAGAACUCUCUGCAAGAGACAGUGGUGUCUCUGCAGGAGGAGGUGGACGGUCUGCAAUCAGCCCUGCAGGACCAGGUUCAGAGUGACCAGACCACAGAGCUGACUAAAGUUGUAUUUCUACAGAAGGAGGUGGAGCGGCUUGAGUCGGCCCUGCAGGAACAACAGCAACAGCUUCUCACUGUACAGGCUCAGGCCAACAAAGAUAAUGAGUUAGCAAAAUCCCGGACAACUGAACUGAAUCAAACCAAUGAGAUGUGCAGAAAUUUACAUAAUAAGCUCAGCGCUCAGACGAGAAGCCUUUUGGAAAAUGAGUCAGAAAUACAUUCCCUAAAGGAGCAGCUAGACAAUUCCCAUAAAGACUUGGAUGACCUUAUAACUACCAUCUGCACGAAAGAAAGCAAUUUCCAAGAUCAAAAGCAAAAAGACUCACAGCAUUGUGAAAAGAACAGUCACAGGCAGCUGGAAGCCUCUUUUGCAACAGAGACACAGCUGUCCAACGAGAACACACUGUGUAAGGAGUGUCCUGAUUAUCAUGAAGCUGUGAAGAAUCUGCUGGCCACCCAAGAUGAGUGUGAGACACUUAAGAGCGAGAUCUGUGAAACACUACUAUGCCUUGACCAAGAGCGGAGUAAAUUUCAUGAGAUGAAGGAGAAACACAAAGCAAAACUAUGUCGAACCAAACAGAGAUUUGAUGAUGAAGCCACACGGCGUGAUGAAAAGAUAAAAAAUUUAGAGCGAGAACUGUCCUUGUGUUCACAUUCAUUAGCAAAGGAGAAAGAGCUCAUUAGAAGUAUAACUGCAGAAAAUGAGAAACUUCUUGUUGAGAGGAGGAGAUUACUGCAACAGCUCAAUGAGGAGGAACACAACAAGAAAGACAGUCAUCUAACGGCUUCUUUGUCAAAAUGCAGGGUGGAUUUCCUAGAAACGGAAAACAAGAAACUAAGAAACAAAAUACUCCACAUGUCCAAUCAGCUAGCUGCCCUGGACCGGACCCUACAGAACAUUCAGUCUCUACACUUUGCUGAGGAGCUGAAGAAAAUAUCAAAUCCUCAGCAGAUUUUUACAUCUCUCCCUUUGCAAACUUCAAGUGUGAUGACACCUGAGCCAUCUGAAAUUCUGGGCUUAUUGGACAAUUGUCAGAGCAGUCUGACCAAGCAGACAGAUAUGACUUCUUCCCCUCACCGUUUCAUCUCUGCUGCUCUGUCACGAUCAACAGAGAUUGGCUAUCUGAACCUGACCUCAGCUCAGAGCCACUCAGACUACUCAACUCCCCCGGGCACCCUCAGCACCUCAGAAAGUACAUGUUCCUGA